GGGAUAAUAAAGUUGUUUCUAUACUACACCUAGACUGAUAUACAAUAGUAUGCAAAUAUAUGAUACUUGUUUACUGUCUGUGCAUUGUAUUACAUGGAUGCUAGGUUAUGUUCCCGGUGACAUUAGUAAACUAUAGAUGGCACGAAGGGUGCCUCUGUCGGUCUACGAUAGGCUGUCAUGUGGUAGUUUUGUGAGCCGUCCUCUUAUACAUGGCUACCGUCGCGGGGCAGUUCCGGUUAACCGGCCGACUGAGUCGCAACCGGGUCAUGUCGAUGACGCAAUCGAUUUGUCUACUGAUCUGCAAUCUUAUAGGAGCAAGAUAAACUUGCAUCCACUUUUACGUUUGGCGCUGUUAAGGAACCAUGGAAUAUCACAGCUAAAUUCUAUCCAGGAGUCAGCCUACAUGACCAUACUUAGUGGCAAGGAUGUAACCUUGCAUGCUCCCAUAGGUUCUGGCAAGACUUUGGCGUAUUUGCUGCCGAUAGUCAACAAUAUCUACAACAUUCACGAUUUAUUGGAGGACCUGCAGCUACGCAAUGGUGGUACCGGUGUAGAAGAUGAUCGCAUACGUAUGAAUGCCCUUGGAUACUCCAGGAAAGUGCCUCACGCUAUGCUAACAAGGUCAAUCAGAGACGUGUAUAACGACCCUAAGGAGUUACAGGCAUCUGCAACGCAAGCAUUGGAAUCCAAUAGCACUACUGAGAAGCUAGUGGAUACCCUCUAUAAGGUUGACCCGCGCCAGAUACGUCGACAUGCCAAAUGGCUGCCAAUCAUAUCACGAAAGCUUUGGGGACGCCGUUCGCGUAAUUCCAUAUUCCGGGCGCUGAUGGCCAACCCACUGGGUUCGGUAAGGUGCUGCGUCAUAGUUGUGCCGAACAAGGAUUUGGUGGCACAGGUGAUUUCCGAGUUGAGGACUAUCGACCCUUUGGGUCGACUGUCUAUCCAGACCUUAACUCAAUUGCAUUCGGUACCCGUAAAGGAUAGCCACAAACCCGUUGACUACCCUAAUGAGGUUGUGACCCAGCCGUUAUUCCCAUCUAUGCAUACUUUACACUACCUACAAGAAGGACCAACAAAGAUACAACUAAGUCACGAGGAUGAACAGAAGAUGCUGGAAAACGUCCCAACUGUUAACAUAGCCGAGACUACUUUACAGAUGAUUCCUAUUAACAGAGCUAGAGUCCACUCCAGGACUGUGAAGGUUAGAUCCAAUGACUGCGUAUCCCAUGGUAGAUUGAGUGCGGGCAAGCCGGGUAUUGAGAUCACGGGACCACAUUGCCCUAAUGGACUUAUAACGGCCGAUGGGCUAGCAUCGUAUGGCGUUGAUGGACUUGUACCCCGAAGUGUCGAGUAUGCAAAACGACCGAUUAUGAUACACCCAGUGAUACAGUACGGAAGUUGCGAUAUCGUGGUGACGACUCCACAACUGUUCCUAAAUGACAUGCUGGCAUCACGUAAUCACGGCGUGAUGCCGGCAUGCGUUGUAUUUGAUGAAGUUGAUAUGCUACUGGAGAACAAUGCAAGCAGGAGUGCUAUGAUGGAGUUGUGCUCCAUGCUAAGGCCCAGGCCCAAAACAUACCAUCCGUUAGUGAAUUUCCGGAAACCCAGGACUAAGACUAUAGCACCAUGUCAGUUUGUCAAAGUAGCGUCUACGUUGAACUAUGGUGGUAUGCAGACGGCCGGAUCGAUGUUAUACGAGCGCUUCAGCACAAGUUGUCUUGUUUCUAGUGGAUAUAAUCACUUGUUAGGGUCAGGUGAAUUGCGCUUCAUUCAGGCUAGCGAUACUUUUGACUCGAGGUUGCGCCAACUGGUGGAGACCUUGGUGAAGAGCCCCUAUCCCAAGACAUUGAUAUAUGCUAGCAGCUUGGAUGAAGUGCGGAAGAUAACAGAGCUUUUACGUAAUGAGUCGUGGCCCGUAUUAUCAUUUCAUAGCAGGUCAAGCUUGGUUACUAGGUUAGCCAUUUUGGAGACCUUCAAGUCCGAGGAGGUCUCCAUACUGGUGGCCACUGACCUAUUAACCCGAGGCAUUGUGCUGCGCCCUGAUCAUGUGAUCCACUUCAGCUUCCCUACUAAUGCAACUACCUUUUUACAUCGCAACAAGGGUGACCCGAAGAUAAUCACGGGGCUGGUCAGUACUAAGGAACGGUUUCUAGCCUCAGAGAUUUAUAGAGCAUAUAAGAUGCGCCUGCCGAUUAAUUAUCUACUAUCUCGGAAACGCAGUUUAUCUAAACGGCAGAAAUCACCAGGAAAGAGGGUAGACACCAAUAACAAACAACUGGAUAUUUUAAGGAAUACAAGUGAUCGUCAGAUAGGCGAUGGUGGCCAGUAUCCAUGCGAGCACACUCCACUGAAGGAACCUAGUAACUCUGGGAUACCGGAGAAGGGACAUAUGUUAAAGCAUACUGGAACACUAUCGGCUGAAGCCUCUAUGUGGGAAGGCCACAACACGAGAUUAGAUAAAUCGACUGACGUCAAAUACGUUAAACUAAACCCAAAACGUAGAGGCAGAGAAUUUUACAAUAACUUUAACGACUUUUCUUAACUCUACCGUGUUUGUUUAA